AUGAAUUUAGGCCGCUUAACCCGCCUGCUGAAGCCGGCGCUGUUGUGCGGAGCUCUAGCUGCGCCCGGUCUGGCUGGUACUAUGUGCGCGUCCCGUGAUGACUGGCGCUGUGCUCGCUCCAUGCAUGAGUUCUCAGCCAGGGACAUUGAUGGGCAUAUGGUUUGCCUGGACAAAUACAAGGGCUGCGUAUGUAUCGUCACCAACGUGGCCUCAAAAUGAGGCAAAACCGACGUAAACUACUCUCAGCUAGUCGACCUGCACGCCAGAUAUGCUGAGUGUGGUUUACGGAUCCUGGCCUUCCCCUGCAACCAGUUCGGGAGGCAGGAGCCAGGGAAUAAUCAAGAGAUCAAAGAAUUUGCCUCUACCUACAACGUUAAAUUCGAUAUGUAUAGCAAGAUCUGUGUCAACGGGGAUGACGCCCACCCGCUGUGGAAAUGGAUGAAAGUCCAGCCCAAGGGGAGGGGCAUGUUGGGAAACGCUAUCAAAUGGAACUUCACCAAGUUCCUCGUUGACAAGAAUGGCUGCGUGGUGAAGCGGUAUGGUCCCAUGGAGGAGCCCCUGGUGAUAGAGAAGGACCUGCCCUGUUACCUUUAACCCCACAAGUGUGUGCCCUGCCGAGCUUCCUGCCCUCGCCCUCGGAGCCUUCCCCUGGCAACCAUGAAGGUCUGCCUGCAAACCAACCU